GCACUGACUGGCAGCACUGGUGGGUGGCAACUGGUGGGUGGCACUGGUGGACAGCACUGGUGGGUGGGCACAGGUGGGUGGCACUGGUGGGCACAGGUGGGUGGCCACUGGUGGGCACAGGUGGGUGGGCACAGGUGGGUGGCACUGCUGGGCACAUGUAGGUGGCACUGCUGGGCACAGGUAGGUGGCACUGCAGAGUGGCACAGGUGGGGGCACUGCUGGGCACAGGUGGGGGCACUGCUGGGCACAGGUGGGGGCAUGCUGGGAUGGACUGAUCGGAACUUGCGGGGGGGUCACUGCUGGGCACCGAUCAUCAGGGCACUGAUCAUCAGUGCCCUGAUGAUCGGUGCCGAUCCCCGCUCUGACAACUGCCGGUUUCUCGGCAGUACUUUCCUCACGAUCUGACAGCGUGAGGAAAGUGCAGCCGAGAACCGGCACUUGCAU